CAGAUUGCACCGGAAGACCAGACACAGGUACGCUACAGAAGACGCCUCGCCUUCGAGGUAUCGAGGCCGUUCAGCAUUGCGACACCGACACGGCCCCGCCAAUGUGCCUCUGCUGUAUGCCUACGCCUACGGAAGAUAUUGUCGCACGCGAACACACCAUUCGCUCCGAGACGAAUACUUCUGCACUGGGCUGUACAAUACACGGGACUGUCGCGGCGGCCAGGAGCAAUGCUGCGGCCUUGGAGCAUGCACAGCAAGAGCAAAAGCUAAUUUGAUUGUGGACAGCAGUCUUCUGAACAGCCGCAAUCAUGGGUAUCUCACGAGACUCUCGCCACAAGCGUUCCGCGUCCGGUGCGAAGCGCGCAUACUACCGCAAGAAGAGGGCUUUCGAGAAGGGUCGCCAGCCUGCCAACACCCGUAUUGGCACUAAGCGUAUCCAUCUUGUCCGCACCCGUGGCGGCAACCGCAAGUUCCGUGCCCUCCGUCUGGAGUCCGGCAACUUCUCCUGGGGCUCCGAGGGCGUCGCCAAGAAGACUCGUGUCAUUGGUGUCGUCUACCACCCCUCGAACAACGAGCUCGUCCGUACCAACACCCUGACCCGCUCCGCUAUCGUCCAGAUCGAUGCCGCUCCCUUUAGGCAAUGGUACGAGGCCCACUACGGCUCCUCGCUCGGCCGCAGGAGGCAGGCCAAGGCCGGUGAGAAGGAGGAGGACAAGAAGAAGUCCAACUCGGUCACCAAGAAGCAGGCUGAGCGCCUCAAGACCAGCGGAAAGAUUGAGCACGCUGUCGAGAAGCAGUUCGAGGCCGGUCGUCUGUACGCCGCCGUCUCUUCCCGUCCCGGCCAGAGCGGUCGCUGCGACGGUUACGUCCUCGAGGGUGAGGAGCUUGCUUUCUACCAGCGUCUCCUCAGGAAGUAAAGGUGAUAUUUGGGGCUUCUUCGGUGCAUCGGUCAGGUCAAAAUGGGUGUUUAGUCAUGUAUCUGGUCUGCAUAGUCGCGGGACACUGAAUGCACUCGGCAUGAUAACGCCACUUCUCUAGAUACCACGAGACUAUGAAUCAUGGGUUUCAAUGUU